AUGAGUGCACAAAAUCAGUUGCCCAAUCUUGAUAAAAUCUUUCGAGAUGAUGACGAACCCGAUUUUGUACCCUCAGGAGGGUCCAAUUUGGCUGCUAUCUUUGGACUACAAUCAAAAGUUGGAGAUCCUCAUGUUGUUAAGCAAACAGCCUCUAAGAAGAGUAAUACUCGAUAUAAUAUACAACAAACUACAUCAUCACCUUCUAAAACAGAAGUUCUGAUUGCUAAAGCUAUACAUGCCUUUAAAUUGCAAAAGGGUCGAUAUGUCUCUAUGAAAAAGCUUGGUAUGGCAUUAAUAGGCAAUGUAACAACGAGAGUAUACCAAAUAAUUUUAUACAAGAACAAACAAGAAUAUAUAUCUGUUGCUACAGUGACACGUGACUUUGUAUAUACUGUACAAGCAAAUAAUUACAGCAGUUAUUAUGAUGACAACAAAGAAAAUUGGUCGAUCUUAUUUGAGAAUAAUGAGAGUUAUCUAGAGUUUGUGACAGAAGUGGGAUUGUCACGUUAUUUCGCAGUGCAAAAGAAAGGAGAGGAUGUGAUUUAUCAAGAUUUGAUGCCAAGUGAUACAGAUGUAAUUGCGAAAGAAGGAGACAACAUAUGCAUUAAAUAUUUUGUAGGAACUGAGAUAGUACAACCUUUUAAAACAAACUUUGCAAUGUUGCAAACAAUGACAGUAGAGAUAUCAACGGACAAUAAUUGGGAGAGAAGUCUUUUAGGCAGUGGCAAGGGACUAAAGAGAGUUUUAUUUUUACCUCCUAAUAAACAGAUUAGUUUAGGUCCUGGCUUUCCUAAAGAGAGAGAUAUUAUGUUGAUAAUAGAGAUAACUGAUAUACAAGUGCCAGAAGAUAAUUCGUUCAUACCCAAUGUUUCAACUAGUGGAAAAGCUUCCAUAAUUUCGAGAAUGGCUAAAAUGGGUCAAUCUAUUCUACCAAAAAUUCCUGUACCUUUGACCACGGAUUCGGAAGACACUGAGGAUGAUGUACCUCAUAAGUCUCCUCGUCACAAAAAGAUUGAUCAAGCAGAAGCAGUUUUGCAGAACAAGAACUCGUUGCACGAACAAACGGAAGAGAAGAAAAGCAACGCUCAGAAAGUUACGGGACCGGAAGCAGAAGUGCCUUCAGUAGUUUCUAAUACUUAUAAGCCAUUAGUUGCUGCACCUCCACUGACUUCGCAAUGGACACCACCAUAUUUCCCCGGACAUUAUGUAGCAAUGGACAAUCAGAUGUAUCCUGUACCACAGACUGUAAAUCGUACAGUACCAGCUGCUCUAGAUCCUGGAAUCAAUGUGUUACUAUCGGAAAAUAGAAUAACAAAUGCGGAAAUACGAAUGGGAAUGUCCAAGAUAUCCGAUAAUGUCCAGAAACUACUGGAUAAGUUUCAUGCACUCGAGCUUCAAAAUGCAACAACACCUACGAGCGAUAAAGCGACGUUGGAUGCUUCUUGGAGAAUGUUUUUAGCUUUCAAUGCAUCUCGAACAGGAGCGAACGACAAUGAAUUGCCAAAGAAUACUGAUAAAGAUACGACCAACGAGAAAAUUCAAGAGUUACAAAGUAGAAUAAGCACUUUAGAAAAUGAGUUGGAAAAGUCCAAAGGAGAAAAGGAAUCAUUAUUGCAAGCCAAUGAAAAUUUAGAUAAAAAGAUUCAAGAGUUGAAAACAAGGUUAACUGAUACAAAUAAUGAUCUGAAAAUGACUGAAGAGGAUUUAGAUAAAGCUCAAAAUAUUAUUAGACAAUAUAAAGAAAUAAAUGUUAGUUUAGAAAAUAUACUUUCUCUGUCUAGGCAAGAGAACAUUUUUCAGGCAAAAUUCAGACAGAAAGAUAUUGAGAAUAAAAAUAAAGAAAUAAAGCAAAUAAUGAACAAAACAUAUCAUAUAUUAUUAGAAAAACUUGCGGAUAAAUCACAUUCCAAUCUGUCAUUUGAUUAUGUAAAAUCCAUUAUUGCAAAUACAAUAAAGCAUAUCACUUUGCAAGUGCUGAAUGAAGAGCCUGGUAAAGAUGAUGAAAAUUCUGAAGUAAGUAAGACUGUAAAUUCCACAGUUUCCAAUAUUGUUGGGGAACAUACUCAGAAAGCAGUAUUAAACGUAGAGAAUGCUGAUAAUAUCCCGGUAAAAUCCAUGGAAACUUCAAGAUCUACUACAAUCAUGCCUGUCUUUGAAAACGAACCGCCCCCCGUUCCACUUGACGAUAUCGAUGAAACUGAUACCGAAUGAUUGAUUAAUUGCGAUACAAGCUGAUUUUUUAAUUUGUCACAUAUAUCUAAUAUAUUGCAUAUUUCUGUUAUAUUCUUAACAAGUUUGUAUAGUGUAAUUCUUUAUAUAAGUCAGAUAUAUUAAUAAAGAGUAUUUUUAUUAUAAAUUGAA